UGGUCUCUGUGAGAGAAGUCUCGAACUCAAUACGUGAAAGCCAUUAAAUUGAUCUUGGUACCUUGCCUCUUGUGCUUCCCGAUAAAAGAAACUAGGGUUAACGAAGAGUAAUGGCGACGACAACUACAACAGAGGGCCAAGCCGAGACCGUGAAUGGGAUGCAUACUGCAUCGGAUCGGAUUGAGAAAGAGGUUCCGCUUACGCAUGCUGCUACCAAUAUCUCGAUUUCUCCGGAGCUGUUUGAGAAGUUGUAUUUGAAUCCCAAAAUCCCGCAAGCAACGGAGCAUGCGAAUCAAUUUGCCAAUGCUACGCCUCUUGGAUUUCUUGGUUUCGUUAUUUCAACCUUCACGUUUAGUAUGGUGUUAAUGGGUUGGGGAGGAGCCAGUGGGUUACCUGCAGUAGCUGGUAUCUUUUUCUUCACCGGCCCAGUCCUCCUCCUCCUUUCCACAAUCUUCCUCUGGAUCCAAGCGCAAUUCUUCCCAAUGAUGGUAUGCGGCCUAUUCUGCGUCUUUUGGCUCUCCUUUGGCCUCCUCCAACUCCCAACCCUGGGCCUCGCAACAGCAUACUCUGCCACCGGCUCCACCGCUGAAGGCCUCGUCUCAAAGGAAAUGAACGCCGUCAUAGCCCUGUACCUCCUUGUCUGGGGCUUCGCUCUCGGCACCUUCUGGCUCUUUACCAUCCGCAUCAAUGCCGUGUUCGCGGGCAUCUUUGGCUUUGUGACGCUCGGUGCUUGGGUGCUGGCGGGUGCAUAUUUCAAGGUCAGUACGGGUCACUAUAAAGAGGCUCAGAGGCUGCAGAAGGCGGGUGGGGCGUUGUUAUUCAUUGUUGCUGUGCUGGGGUGGUAUAUGAUUUUUGUCAUGAUGGCGGCGGAGAUGAGGUGGACACUUAGUCUGCCUGUGGGUGAUUUGAGUCAUUUCUGGAGGAGGACAGAUGUUGAGCUUGCAGCGAUGGAGAAUGAGAAGAGGGAUUAGGGAAGGAGGGGAGAUGAGUGUCCAAGUGGUGUGUGAGUUCCGGGGAUUGUCGGAACUUGGAAGAGUCAGAUUAAUGUUGUGGGUGAGCACUGUAAUUGGCUAUCCGGAUACCAUAGCCUCGGGCGGCGAAAGUGAGACUUUACCAUGUGGCAAUGGUUCUUCUCUAAUUCGUUCUAGGAUAGUACCG